AUGAACAAUUCAAAAUCUUCAAUGAUUUCAUUCGGGGCAGCAAUUGUCUCGAUGAUAGCAGUCACAUUGAUGAUGCUAUCAAUAGCCUCUGCCUUCUCGGUAAAGAGUGAUAUCGAUUAUCGUACAGUAUUGUCUGAUUAUGUGAAGGGAAAUAAUCAAUACUUUAAAUAUCAAUUGAAGGGUACUUAUGAUAAUGAUUAUGGAAAAUUCAUAAUCUUCAACAUGACCAGUGUAAAGUGGUUGGAUGAGAAGGAGCUUGGGAAUAGCUGCUAUUGGUUCCACUUGGUCGAAAUUGCCAUUCCAAAGAAGAUUAAGCAACAAUCAAAUGUGUUGAUGUUGGUUGCUGGUGGAUCUCAAAAGGAGAUUGCACCAACAAGUGAUAAUGAAUUAAUGAAAAUGGCUGCCAGUACUCAAUCUAUUGUUGCAUCUAUUCAUCAAAUUCCAAAUCAACCUUUGGUUUUCAAUUCUGAUCCAACAAGACAACAAAGAAUUGAAGAUGAAAUUCUUGCCUAUGCUUGGGCAAAAUUCAUGCAAAACACAACUCAAACUGGGUGGAUUCCAAGAUUACCUAUGGUUAAGGCAACCAUGUUGGCAAUGGAUGUUGUUCAAGAAUAUUUGAGAACUACCUUAUCAAUUAAUGUAAUGAAUUUCCAUGUUGCAGGAGCAAGUAAGAGAGGUUGGACCACUAAUUUGGUAGGUGUUGUUGAUAAGAGAGUUAGAAGUAUCAUGCCAAUCGUUAUUCCAGUAAUGAAAACUAGAGAUAUUCUUGAACAUUCUUACAAUUCGCUUUGCACAUGGCCAGAAGCAAUGGGUGAUUAUGUUAAAGAAGGUAUCACUACAAAAUUAAACUCUAAAGAAUUCCAUCAACUGACAACAGUUAUAGAUCCUUUCGAAUAUAAUGAUAUUUUGGCAACAAUCAACAAGUAUUUCAUUUAUGCCACUGGUGAUCAAUUCUUCCUUUGCGAUCUUAGUCAAUUCUCUUAUCCAUACCUUAAGGGAGGUGACCAACUCAAACAUUUAAGAUAUGUUCCAAAUACUGAUCACUCUUUGGAUGGAUCUGAUGCCCAAGUUUCUGCUUUAGCUUAUUACUUUAGUUUGGCCAACAAGCUUCCACUUCCAGUUUACAAUUUUACAGCAGUUUCUGAUAGGACUGGCGUUUCUGUUGGUGUCAAGGUAAUGAGCCCGAUUCCACCAUCUGCUGUCCUGUUGUGGGAAGCUCGUGCUCCACAAAGAGAUUUCAGACUUCAAACCAUUGGAAAAGCAUGGAAACCAAGACCACUCCAAUUGUCUAAAGAUGGUAGUGUUUCAGUUCACCUGGAUAAUCCAGCCACUGGCUAUUAUGCUGCCUUUGUUGAAUUAACAUUUGAUUAUUUAGGAACACAAAUUCCUCUCAAGUUUACAACAUCAGUUUAUGUUCUUCCUGAUAUUUUGCCAUGUAAAUACCAUAAUAAAGUUUAA